GUCGCACUGGUAGAGCGGCAUUUGGUCUGGCCUCAGGAGUUGUUUGCGCAAUUCUCGCGCGGCCGGCCCGGUCGCGAGCCGCUAAGGCUCCGUCUAAAAGUCGCCACUUUCCUGGCGUCGGUUCGUCCAUUUGCCUAUUAGCACAUAGGUCGCCCCAAAUGACCGCAAACAAGCUGCCUUGAAGUGGCGGUAGCCCGAAUCCUAACGAAAUGCGGACCCGGCAAACAUGUCGACAUGCGCGGCCAGCCCGGGCAGCCCCUGCCGGCUCAGCGCGCAAGCGCGUGGCCUUGCACGCACCCCCGGGCUGGGUGCCGCCUGGGCGACGUCCAUAUUGUCCUUCAAGGAAGCCGCCGCGUCUACGGACUCAUCCAUCUCGGCGCCUAUGGCUUGCUGAUGCUUGAAGGACAAUCUAUCAGGGGGGGUUCACCGCGUGCCGUCCGGGGGGUGCGUUUCCCCAGCCAAACCCGCACGCCGAGGAGGCCAGGAGACGUCGCCCCGAGAAAAAUGCAGAGCGGGAUACAGACUCCGCCACUUAAUAUAUAUGUUACAUGCAAUCUGUUGGAGCAAUAGCGCUUGACAGCAGGCUAAAACGUGCUCGUCGAGGCUCAAGUCGCGAAAUUGACCGAAGCCAACAUCCUACAUAGGCGUUGUUUUCGGGCUUUAUCGAUUGCCGUCAACACAGAUAUAUGCGUAGGUGUAGUUAGGCUACUGUCUGGCCUGGUAUGGCGUGUCCUGGCGAACGCGACAUUUAGAUGUUCGAGGUCGGCCCCGGCUCGAUUCAAUGCCCCCGGGUUACUCUAAUGACCUUAUGUGUGGUAUAAGAUGCUAUAGGAAAGGUACUGGGCUGGGGACACGACCGGCCCGUAGGGCCGUGCGCGAGUGGGACCCGCUUGCCGGGCCCUGUGCCACGGCCCGACCUGGCACACGUUUGUGGCGGUGCUGGCGAGCGCUGUUAGAAAUUAGAUAUACAGGUAUAUGUGUAAGCCGUAUGUCGC